AGGUUCGGGGAGUGAACGCCCUGCUGCCGCUCUGUCAAGCUUGCGCGCCGUCCCGAACAGCCUCGCCUUUGAACUUCCCCGCUUUUGGCUCGGGCUCCGCUGCUUUUCCUCACUCCCUUGCCAGCACAAGCAGACACCUUUCGCCGCGCCGCCGAGCCCCCCGCUCCAGCGCCGUCGAAGGCAACCCCAGCAAUCCUCAGGAGAGCUCCCCACCGGACCAGGCGCCCCUGGAUUGCCUCCGGCCUCACUGCUGGGGCUUCUUCGCCCGCCCUGCCUGCCUGCCCGCCCGCCUGCCUCCUGCGGCUCCCCCCUGGCCCGCCCCCCAGCCGACCGUCAGGGCACCUCGGCAGGGACUGGAUCGCUGGGAGAACUGGUAUGAUCAGCUGAGAGCUGGGGGGUCGCCUGGCUGGAAGGCAGGAGGAGAAGCGGAGCCAGGGGAGCGGCGCCGGGGCUGCUGGUGGUGCGUGGGCUGCUCGAGGAGGCGUCCGUCCGGCGCAGCCAUGUCCAAGCCCUCGGACCACAUCAAGCGCCCCAUGAACGCCUUCAUGGUGUGGUCGCGGGGCCAGCGCCGGAAGAUGGCCCAGGAGAACCCUAAAAUGCACAACUCGGAGAUUAGCAAGCGCCUCGGGGCCGAGUGGAAGCUGCUGUCGGAAGCCGAGAAACGCCCCUACAUCGACGAAGCCAAGAGGCUGCGAGCGCAGCACAUGAAGGAGCACCCCGAUUACAAGUACCGGCCCCGCCGCAAGCCCAAGAACCUCCUCAAGAAGGACAGGUAUGUCUUCCCUUUGCCUUACCUCGGAGACACUGACCCCCUAAAGGCGGCAGGGCUCCCCGUGUCAGCCACGGACUCUCUGCUCAGCUCCCCGGAGAAGGCGAGGGCCUUCCUGCCCCCCACCUCCGCACCUUACUCCUUACUUGACCCCAGCCAGUUCAGCUCCAGCGCCCUCCAGAAGAUGACUGAGGUGCCGCACACCUUAGCCACCAGCACCCUGCCCUACGCCUCCACCUUGGGAUACCAGAACGGGGCCUUUGGCACCUUGAGUUGCCCCAGCCAGCACACCCACACCCACCCGUCGCCAACCAACCCGGGCUACGUGGUGCCCUGUAACUGUACCGCUUGGUCGGCGUCCAGUUUGCAGCCUCCCGUGGCCUACAUAUUAUUCCCAGGCAUGACCAAGACUGGAAUAGACCCCUAUUCUUCAGCGCACGCCACGGCCAUGUAACACACAGACUCCCACUUGACAGUCACACACACAGAGGCGAGAUCUUGGCUGGCUUGCAGAUGGAAUUGGAAUGGUGCAUGUAACAUAAGAGACUCCAGAAACAAGAUAUUUAAAACAAACAAACAAAAAGCCACCUGAGCACGGGAGAGAUGCCCCGGGGACCUGAUUUCACCCCGGGGAAAGACUUUAAGACUCUUUUUUGGGGGGGGGAGGGGAACUGCGAGACUUUGUAGUUAAAUCCAAAAAACAAAACAAAACCAGAAACCCCACGCACACACAAAAAGCUGUUAUUCUUUCUGCACUUGGGGCCCAGCGGUGCUCCAAACUUGUAAGAAUUGUAAAUGUGUCAAACUUCUGAAUUGCCCUUUUGGCCAAAAGGCCGACCAGCUUUGAUUUCCGUUUCCUUUUCAAAUUUAUUUAUUAUCUUAAUGUCUAUGAGUUCCUAUGAUCGGAUGUUAUUUGGACUUGAAUACCUUAAAUCCCGAAAGUAUUCUGAUUUCCUUUUUUUGCACAUUAAAAGACAAGAUUUAGCUGUGUUAUAUAUAUCUAUAUAUCUAUAUUUUACCAUCCAGCACUAAUAAGUAAAAAUGCUUUUCGUGUCAAAAGAUUAAAAGGGGGGGAAAGAAAAAAGAAGCUCUUCAGAGUUAUUAAAAAGGGGGAAAACGUUUAUAUUUCAAACAUGGUAUGAUAGUGUUUGCUUAAUUUUAAACAGAUAGUCCUUCAAUUUGUGUGAAUCAGUGCAAGUAGACCUAAGUUUACUUUAGACAGAAUGUCAGAUAUGGUCAGGCAGUAGAAUUGUUUUUUUUUAAUGAGAAAAAAUAAUAAUUAAAAAAGAAUAACACGGUGGUAAUUUAAAUAUGUUUUAACAAUGUAUUGGGGAAAAAUUGUAUCCAGAAGGAUUUUACCUCGUUAAUUCUGUUCAUUUGUUGAACAAAGACAUUUUGAAUAAAGACAAUCUGUCGUCGAACACGUCA